AUGCCCUCGAACGGUGAAGUGCCUGAUCCCACAGACUGGGUCGGAACUCCACUAUCAUCGUUGUCCUCGCUCGAAUCCGCCCUGCAGUGCCAUGUUUGCAAAGAGCUAUUUACAACGCCCAUGAUCACCUCUUGCUCUCACACCUUCUGUAGUCUGUGUAUCCGGAGAUGUCUGUCGCAAGAUGGCCGGUGUCCUGCAUGCCGGAGUGGCGACCAAGAGUCCAAGUUAAGGAGGAAUUGGGCCAUGGAAGAAUGUGUUAAUGUUUAUGAAAAGCAACGAGAGCAUCUGUUGAGACUUGCAAGAAGCAUCGCAGAAGAAACAAGGAGUAAAGAGAUCGAUGACAGAGCGCUCGAGGGAAGACCAUCGAAGAGGAGGCGAACACAGCAGCCUAGUGGGCCAAAAGUAGUGUCUGAACUACCGACAAGAUCUACAAGAUCAAAAAGCCGCAUGGCACUACAAACAAGUCAAGAAAGCGAAGGGCAGCCUAGCGUUGAGGAUAGCGAGGAUGCCGGUAGCCAGUAUAGCUACGAAGAUUUGGGUGCAAUGACCGAAAACCUGUUAUCUGAGCCAGCCGAUGGAUUGGUUGCAUGUCCUAUGUGCGGCAGCAGGAUGAAAGAAGAGGCAGUCUUCCCGCAUCUAGACCAAUGCAGUGGGGAACUACGGUCAUCUACACCACAAAAAGAUUUUCCAGUAAAUCGAAAACAAUCGACUUCUGUCGCUUACAGCGUCCAGUCACCAAGCAAGGCGAGACAACGGCUGGGAGCACUAAACUAUUCACUGCUGACUGAGACAGCGCUAAGAAAGAAAUUGGCGGAGAUUGGUAUUCCUUCCUAUGGUCCAAAGGCCUUAAUGCAAAGGCGGCAUAUGGAAUGGAUGAACCUUUGGAAUGCGAGCUGCGACUCCAGUCACCCGCACACAAAGAGAGAACUUCUUCGAGAGCUGGAAAUCUGGGAAAGGACUCAAGGACGGCAGAUUGCGAAUGCCCAAGGCCCUGCAGGAGUCAUGGCAAAGGACUUCGAUGUAGAAGGUUGGACGAGGUCAAAUAAGGACGAUUUUGCGGAUCUCAUCCGAAAAGCCAGAGAAAAAGCACACAAACGAGGACCCAGUGAACUGAAACACGAAGGAUCUGAAGGGGAGGCUGCUAGAAAGCUAGACAGUCUAGAACCCGUGGCAGACCCUCAUCGUUCCUCGACCGGCGUGGUUGACUUGACGUCGCCAGCAAAACCACCACUUGAGCAGCAGCAGCACAGUCAAGGCUCACAGAUCAAUGGUGUCGCGGCUUAA